AUGUCAGUCAAUGCUGCAGAUUGGACCAUUGCAAAUGCUAAGUACAUCAAUCCAGUAUACGUUCCUAGAGCUGGACGUCCCAGCAUUACCUUCCAUGGUGUUACAGCUUCGAGUCUUAGUAACGUCCCCGCAGGCGAUAUACCUAAGUUUGUCUUCCUAGACGAGGACAUGGAUGUACAACUCAAAGCCCGCGCCGACGACGCGCUCAGGUCCCAUAAUCUUCAGCCGCAAGUUAAGAGUGUAAACGAACUGCAAUUUAUGUAUGGCGGCUUGUUCUCUCCACAUGCUAAUACGUACUACGGAGUACACCGCGACGAAUGGAGAUUGCGACAUGAGGGAAAUUGUGUGGCUGUAGUAGAGAGGAACCAGGCUUUUGCUCUCAAAUUCUAUUUGCAAUGGCUCUUCGACACAGUGAUCAGAAUAGAGACGGAGCCAGCUAACCCUGGGACCGACACUAGAGAGAGGGUGGACCUCAUUUUCUAUGACGAGAACGGUUCUAUCUUGCUUCUUGCGGAAGGUAAAACGCCGAGUGUCAUGGAUCAAUUCGUAAACCUCUUAGAGAGCAACCAGACACACGAAGUUGAAAUGCAGCCUAAUGCAUCGCCUGGAGAAAGCGUGCUGUUCAAGGCCAUGUACUAUUCAUGGCUUUAUGACGACCGCUGGAUAAUCGUUUUUGACGCUCAAAAGCUGAUUGUCAUGCGCAGAUACACGGUCCCAUUGACAUCCGAGAUAGCCUUUGCGUACUCGAAGACAAUUUUGCAAGGAGAUAGUUCUGAUCUUUUCCGCACUCUGCUGGGCAUACUCCUCGUUCGACUGGGCAUUGGACCAGAAUUCGAUGACCCGGAUGUUGACGCCUAUUAUCGGAAGUACUUACUUCAGGCACAGGAGAUACAGAAAGAAUUGACACAGCGCCAGAAGGAUGGAAAGGGUAAGAGAAAGGUCAGGGAUAAGAAGAAACCUGAUGGUGACGAUGACGACUCUGGUCCUCGGCGGCGCGGACCAGGUGGUGGAUCAGGUGGUGGAUCAGGUGGUGGAUCAGGUGGUGGAUCAGGUGGUGGAUCAGGUGCUGGUUCAAGCGCUGGUCCAGGUACUGGUAAAUCUGGUGGAUCCAAGUCUAGUCCUUUCAGUGAACUACGCAAAAAAUUCGGGGGCAGGGGUACUGGCAGGAGAUACUCUGACUUACAAACCACUCGCCUCGCAAAUGCUGCUGUCCUACCAAAACAAAAGGUCCGGAAAGCAGGCUUGACAGGUGCAGAGAGAGCUGGUCUUAUAAUCAUUCGCGGUUGUACCAACUAUGAGGCCCCCCUCUCUGAGUCGGCAGUUUUCGAAAUUGAGCCAGGAGUGACGUUCCCGCCCUUUGGAACGUCUGAAAUGCCUACUCUCCAAGUAGAGGGUACUUGCUCAAGAGGCGCAACUGGUCUUGUCUGGAAAGCAAAACUAUUAAACCCUAACAAUCCCCAUGGCGUUGAAAAAUACUUCGCAGUCAAACUUGUCGAUUCCGCUUUGCGAUCAUACGACGGAUACAUGAAUACUAUCAUGGACGUGUAUAACGAAUAUGUGAAUUAUUGCGUCCUUCAGCUUGGCAAAUGCUACUACCCUGACAAGCCGGAAGGCAAUAGGUCUUCUUUACGGCAAAGGUUUGCACUGAUCACAGAGUUUGAGGGUAAAACAAUCAACGAACGUGCAAGUUUCGAGGAGGAGGAGGAUACCCCAUCGAGAGCAUAUAAUGACGCACUUAUGCGUGCCACUCUUUCUCUUCAACCUCCACCACCUCUCUAA